AGCUUGUUUUUAGGACACAAAUUCCUUGAUGGGUUUCAGUUGCAAGACACUGUUGUGUUCGGUUCCCAUAGUUGUGCUCGUGUUGAUGCAAGAGGCAAGUGCCGGGAGAUAUUACCACAAUGUGACCGGGUUAAGUAGUCGAAAGCAAGUGGGUGGAUGCAAUUUGUUUCAAGGCCAAUGGGUGUUUGAUCCUUCGUAUCCUUUCUACGACUCUUCGGGGUGUCCCUUCAUAGAUGCUGAAUUUGAUUGCCUUAAACAUGGCAGACCCGACAAACAAUACCUUAUGUACGCCUGGAAACCUGAUGGGUGUAACUUGCCCAGAUUUGAUGGGGCAAGUUUUCUGGCAAAAUGGAGGGGAAAGAAGAUAAUGUUUGUGGGUGACUCACUGAGUUUGAACAUGUGGGAAUCCAUGGCAUGUAUGAUACAUGCCUCGGUGCCAAACUCCAAGACCACAUUUGUUAGGAAGACCCCUUUGUCUUUCGUUAUCUUUGAGGAUUAUGGGGUGACUGUGAAUUUGUACCGAACACCGUACUUGGUGGAUAUUGUUAGGGAAAGUGUUGGCGAUGUGCUUGAUCUAGGCUCCAUCAAUGGUGGCAAUGCAUGGGAAGGAAUGGACGUGUUGAUUUUCAACAGCUGGCAUUGGUGGAUCCACCAGGGAGAAUCUCAAGGGUGGGAUUUCAUCAGAGAUGGGUCUGCAUUAUACAAAGAUAUGGACCGUUUACAGGCUUUCAGCAAGGGGCUUACAACAUGGGGCAACUGGGUUGACACCACUGUUGAUCCUGCCAAGACCAAGGUCUUCUUCCAGGGCAUUUCCCCCACCCACUACGAGGGCAGGGAGUGGAACCAACCGAAAAAGAACUGUUACGGAGAGCUAGAGCCACUGUCCGGUCCUACAUACCCGGCAGGUGCACCUCCAGCUGCUUCAAUUGUUAACGAGGUGUUGGGGUCUAUGAAAAAACCAGUUUUCUUGCUCGAUAUCACGACCCUGUCGCAGUUGAGAAAAGACGCUCAUCCGUCGACCUAUAGCAGCAACCAUACAGGCAACGACUGCAGCCACUGGUGUCUUCCUGGAUUGCCUGAUACAUGGAACCAGCUUCUGUAUGCAGCUCUGGUCAUGUGAAGGUCCACAAUGGGCAAACAAAGAAUUUACGUCUCUUUUUCUUCUUCACACAAUCAAAUUGUACAAUCAUACAAACAGCUGGGUUUAGGUGAAGCUGUAGUUUUCAGGCAGCAAUACAGUUAUGUCCUGGAAUUAAUUAAUUGAAUAUGGGUGGAUAACAAUAGCAGCUGGUGUUGUAUUCACAAACAUUUGAUGUUUCGAUCUUUACAACACAAAAUGAUACAUACUUUCUGAACUCUGAAGCAGAGUUUGUUUA